AGCUGCUGCAGGAGGUGUCAGUCUGACUCAGCUCUUCUGUCCUCGUGGUGUGAGGAACUUGGACGCCUCCUCCUCCUCCGUCACCAGAAGAGCAGGCAGAACGAGCCUCCGGGAAAAGUGCCCAUGCAGCCCCCCAUGAGCUCCAUGAAGCCCGGCCUCUCACACGGCAGAGAUGGGUCUUUCCCCUACGACUCAGUUCCCUGGCAACAGAACACCAAUCAGCCUCCAGGUUCGUUGUCGGUGGUUACCACCGUCUGGGGCGUGACCAACACGUCGCAAAGCCAGGUGUUGGGGAACCCCAUGGUGAACAACAACAACAUGAACCCUGGGGGCAACCCGAUGGGAUCGGGUAUGUCUGGGAACAAUCCUGGGAUGAACUCCCCUCAGUUCUCCGGUCCUCAACAGCAGUUCCCCAACAAAGGCAACUCCAACCAGGGCUACAUGCAGCAGGGCAUGUACGGACGACCCAACUACCCUGGAGGAGGGGGCUUUGGUGGCAAUUACCCUGGAGGGCCUAACGGUGGACCCGGAGGAAUGGGCAUGCCUCCACACUCCCGCCCUCAGUCAGACUUCACCCAGCCUGCCGCUGCUGCCGCCGCCGCCGCAGUUGCUGCCGCUGCCGCCACGGCAACCGCCACAGCCACAGCGACAGUAGCUGCCAUGCAGGAAACCCAGAACAAGGACAUGAGUCAAUAUGGACCGAUGAGUUCCUCUUUCCAGAUGGGACCAAACCAGGCAUACAGCAGCCAGUUCAUGAACCAGCAAGGACCCCGCGGCCCUCCGUCCAUGCCUGGGAACAUGGGCGGUGGCAUGAACCCAUCCAACAUGAGCGGGCCCCCCAUGGGAAUGAACCAGCCGAGGGGCCAAGGCAUGGGGCCUUUCAAUGCCCACGGCCAAAGGAUGCCCCAGCAAGGUUAUGCAGGACCCCGGCCUCAGGGCAUGGGUAUACAGGGCAUGAAAAGGCCGUACCCAGGGGAGCCAAACUAUGGUGGGCAGCAGUAUGGACAAAACGGUCAGUUCCCAACCCAGCAGGGACCAUACCCCACACCCAACCCCUCGAGGCCGAUGUCAUCCCCCACUUACCCCGGCCAGAGGAUGCCAGGACAGCAGCUGCAGGGUCAAUACCCGCCCCCCAGUGGUGUCAUGGGCCAAUACUAUAAGCAAGAGCCACCUUUUAAUGGCCAAACAAAUAACUUCUCUGGGAGUGGAUAUCAGUACAGCCAGGGUAAUAUGAAUGGGCCUCCCAGACCGGUGGGUAACUACCCUCACUCCCCAGUGCCUGGCAACCCCACCCCUCCAAUGACCCCAGGAAGUAACAUCCCUCCAUACCUGUCGCCAAACCAGGACGUGAAACCACCCUUCCCUCCGGACAUCAAACCAAAUAUCAACACUCUCCCUCCCCCUCCAGCCAACCAGGAGGAGCUGCGGCUGACGUUCCCAGUGCGGGACGGAGUAGUCCUUGAGCCCUUCAGGCUAGAGCACAACCUGGCUGUCAGCAACCACGUCUUCCACUUACGGCCCUCGGUACACCAGACGCUCAUGUGGAGAUCGGACCUGGAGCUGCAGUUUAAGUGUUACCACCACGAAGACCGUCAGAUGAACACCAACUGGCCGGCAUCGGUCCAAGUCAGCGUAAAUGCCACGCCACUCACCAUCGAGCGGGGCGACAACAAGACCUCCCAUAAACCCCUGCACUUGAAACACGUAUGCCAACCAGGAAGGAACACGAUCCAGAUCACAGUAACUGCCUGCUGCUGUUCGCACUUGUUUGUGCUGCAGCUUGUCCACAGGCCAUCAGUCCGCUCUGUCCUCCAGGGCUUACUGAAGAAGAGGCUUCUGCCUGCAGAGCACUGCAUCACCAAAGUUAAGAGGAACUUCAGCAGCGUAGCAGCGUCAUCGGGGAACCCGACGCUCAACGGAGAAGACGGCGUGGAGCAAACAGCUAUUAAAGUUUCCCUCAAAUGUCCAAUCACCUUCCGGCGAAUACAGCUUCCAGCAAGAGGACAUGACUGCAAACACGUUCAGUGUUUCGAUUUGGAAUCAUAUUUACAACUGAACUGUGAGCGGGGCACAUGGCGAUGUCCUGUAUGCAAUAAAACAGCGUUAUUAGAGGGACUCGAAGUUGACCAGUAUAUGUGGGGAAUCUUAAACGCAAUCCAAAACUCGGAGUUUGAAGAGGUGACCAUCGACCCGACGUGUAGUUGGCGGCCGGUGGCGAUUAAAUCUGAUAUCCACAUCAAGGAGGAUCCAGAUGGACCACUGGCCAAAAGGUUUAAGACUAUGAGCCCCAGCCAAAUGAUCAUGCCCAAUGUGAUGGAGAUGAUAGCUCAGCUCGGCCCGGGACCGACACCGUACCCGUUAUUAUCUUCCCCGCAAGGCGGCAACAACAGUGAAUACGGCAGCCAAGGCAACAGUUACCAUGGGAGCUUUGACUUCCCCCACGGCGCCCCUGGUGGUACAUCGAUGAACGACUUCAUGCACGGCCCCCAGCUGUCUCACCCCCCCGACAUGCCCAACAGCCUGAUGAGCCAGGACAAGCCGCUCUCACACAACAUGCCCGACUCGAUACCUCACUCUGUAGGCAAUGACCAUUCACAUGGUCCUCUGCAGAGCUUACAUGCAUCUCCACAUCCUGGGAGCCAAUCAGGGCAGCAGCUACACCACAACGGGCCUCCUCAGCCGUCACGACAAGCUCCGCCUCCUCAGCAACAUCAGCAACAUCAGCAACAUCAGCAACAUCAGCAACAUCAACAACAUCAGCAACAUCAGCAACCGCCCGGCCCCAACAACCAUCCCCACGGCGACCUGUCCUUUAACCCCUCGAGUAGUUUGGACAGCCAAGGAGUGUCGGACAUGCCCGAGCCUUCUUUAGACCUUCUUCCAGAGCUUGCUAACCCAGAGGAGCUGUUGUCGUACCUGGACCCCCCCGACCUUCCCAGCAAUAGCAACGAUGACCUUCUAUCGCUCUUCGAAAACAACUGAGGCAAAUCAGACACAAACUUUUCUGACUGCCUGCAGUUUCCCCCGAGAACCCCGGGCCGUCGCUCAGUACUUGAUAAACACAAAGAUGCACUCCCUUUCUCUUCUUCCUCUUGUACAGUUUUCAUUGGCCAGCACAGAUUGACUGAAAGAGGUUCAAACUCCAAGAAACAGUGGGAUGUGGGGGGGGGGGUUCCUCUCACAACGUGGCGAUACUUUUGAACUGUGCAGCUAUACUCAGUUGUUUUUUUACGCCACACACAGGUGUAUGUGUGCACAUUAGGAUCGUGUUGUAGCAUUUUUUUAUCCAUGUUUUGUGUCCUUUUGAGAAGAAAAAGGAAUUCACUGUAUAAAACAGAAAAAAUAACUGAAAAAACCUGCGCUAUCUGGCCAGUGUGCGCUAAAUCCAUUUUGUUAUUCCAAACUGAGAGGCCACAGCUUCCUGGUGUCACAGCUCCAUUCCCUGACUGGUCUUGUUAGCCGCACUGUUUGUCCACCACACAUCAUUUAAAAGCACAAGAGAUUUUGGCAAUGCAAAAUGAAAAAUAGGUCUUUACAAAAAUAAAAAAGGUCACUAAGAUCAGCGUAUGUCUGUCCUUGUUUUUUAAAUGUUUUGGUCAAAAGGGUUUUGGGGAAUGAUUGGCUUUGUCUACAAUUGUGAUAUAUACAUAUUUUUGUCACCCUAAAGGGAUGACAGCUGUAAGGUUUUUGGCCCCACUAAAACAGAAACAACGUUUAUAUUGCAUACCAAGAAUACCUUCUACAUAUUGUAUAGUCCAAUAGUAUAGUAUCAUCCUCCUGUGCAGAGGAGUGACUUUAAUGGAAAUAAAAGAGAGAUCAGGGUUCCUGUAAAGAUUCUGCUGCGUUUAUCGCUACCUGCUACGACUCCUUCCAUGCCGUCUGCUUUGCAUUUUUGCAACAUUGCAUCUCUCUCCCUGUUAAAUGAUGUGCUGUUAAAGUAGUCUACAAAGUGCAUGUGUGCCAAGCCCUUGUCUAGUGAUGUUCCAAGUGGUUAAAAAAAAAGAUAGUGUGGUUUUUAUCAGUUGCUGUUUCCAUGGCUCUUUUUGUUUGUACAUUUGUUUUUGAUUUCUGUCAGAUUUAGUACGAUUUAUUUAACACUAACAUUGAAGGGAUAAUGCUGAUAACAGCGAUACAUUUAUCAUGUAUUUGCUGGAUAUAAUGUAUUAUGUUUGUUUGUUUUCUUGUUUUUGUUGCUGCAAAAUUAAACUAUCCAUAAAUCGUUUGGGAAACUGCUCAAAAUCACCAAAGGUAGAGGGAUGAGGAUAAGGAGGUUUGUGUUUGCUUGGUCCUUUGUGUGACUGUGAGUGUGUGCAUGUGUGAGUGUGAGACUAUGUGAGUGUGUUUUUAUUGGUGUGAAGGGAGGAAAUAUUGAUUUCAAAGAUAUAGGGGAGGGAAAAAAGCAGUUUAUCCAUCAAUGCUGUUCAAGAAGUGAUUUUUAAAGCAGUAUUGGUGUAGCCACAUUUGUUUUCAAAUUCACUUUGGAGAAGAGUGCUGUUCAGUAUGCAAAUGUAUUAUUUUUUAAGAAAAAGCUAUUGUACUGUAAAUAUCAUUGUGAAUAUUUUUGUAUCAUCUUGAUAAUGUUUGUCCUUUGAUCAUUAGUCGUCCGACCUAACAACGUGUGCUCCCAGACAACUCCCACCUAACCACUGACUUUGUUUGUAACCAGCGUACGACAGCUCUCUCGCAUCCUUGUUGUGAGGAAGCCAGUCCAAAUGUCUCAUAAGCUAUUUCCUGCAGGUCGCGUGCUUUCUCAUCACUUUCCUCCCAGUGCACUCUGUCUCACGCCUGUCGUUUAUAGACAGGCGUCCCAUUUUGAUGUGUCCCGUCUUCCCUGCAUCAGCUCACGGUGAUUGUGUAGCAUCAUUUCAGUUUUCAGAUGUCAAGCUUGCAAUAUUUUAUUUCACGCUCAGAUGUAUUCGGUUGAAAAGUUUGUGUAUUCAUGAAUUUCUGUUAACAUCAUUGAUACAAAACAAUAAUGUUUUUUUUUUAAAAAGACGUGGUAUCAGCUGGCUUUCAGUGUAAUUAGUGGGCUAUGUGAAUAUCAUAAUUGUUGCUAAUUGUUAAUACACAGUGGUAUUUUAAAGAUAUAUCACAACCAUAUUUUAAAGAAAUCCACAAUAUUGUUUAUAUUUUUGUUAAAGAAAAUGUGGCUUUUUUAAAAGGCACCAGACCAUAUACAUUUGUAUCCCCAUAUUUUGUUUUUUGGUAAAUUAUUUUGUAUUGGUUUUUCUUAUUGAUCUGUAAGGCUAGGAAUCCAAUUUUAUUUCAACUGUAGCAUUGUGCUGAUAUAACCACCCUGGUUUAAUGUAAACAUUAUUUUAAAUAUCAUUUAUAAAAUAUUAUUUUUACCAGUUCAGCACACUGACAUGUUGUUUCAUAUUUAUGUCACAAAGACACAUCGAAUAAUCCCCCUUGAAAUUAUACACUACCCCAUUUUCAUCUUUCGUUAUCUGAAUUGAAACUUUUGGUUCAUUCCCAUGAAAGUCUUCAUCAUUUCACAUUUUGUUCUCACUUCCAAGUGAGCCAAUUUGAUCUAUAAGGAAGCACCCCAAAUCUGUUGAUGCACAAUCACUAUAAAAGGGCCAUUACUCUUAGGGAAUUGUUUAAAAAAAUAAAAAUGAAUACAAAAUACGGAGAGGAAGGGCACGUGCAUCAUUCUGGCUGGGAAAGGAUGUCGAGGGCAAGGCUAGAUCAAACGUCCCAAGGAUGCCUGUAUAUAUGUAAAUGAUUAUAGAGACAUGUGAACAGAAAUGUAUUCAUGUUCCCUGGGAAUGUGCAUUGUUUCUUCAGAAUAAUAAAAAGCUUGCAACCCCUCUACUGGAAGUGGCUAAAUAUGGAAAAUGAAAGUUGUUUGUGAAUGUUUGUGGGUAUCUUUCAGCAUUUUGUUCUCCCUCUGUAAUAUACUUUCACCUCUUAUGUCAGGGGACUGGGACAGCUAUGUUUUAUAUGUAAUAUUUAGCCUAAGUGUUCUAGUCUGUCACCUGCAUACACUGAGGUGCUAAAGCUAAAAAAGGAAGUAAAAACAAGGUUACAAGUAAAUUAUUUCGCUGGGGUGGGAGGAAGGUGGUGGGAGGGACUGGUCCAAAAGAUUGUAACCAAAUCCAUAGUUUGUACAAUUUUUUGAUAUCAUAAGAAGUUGGAAAAAUGACACAAUCUAAGGUUAUUCAUGCAAUGUGGCCAUUGUCUCUAUUGUGUACAUUGUAUGUACAAUCAUUUCAUAUUCUAAACUGGUCAGAAAAUAAAGGAACUAAUUGUGAUUUUUAGUCUUGCAGAACUGUAUGUAGUUAGAUGAUGUGACAACCUAAUAUUUAUCUAAUAAAUAUGUAUUC